AACCAAACCCAAAACCCACAUCCAAAUAGUAAAACCCUAAGACGGGUUUUUACUUCCGGAUCCGAUGUGGCGCAGAAGAGCUGGAUGGAACAUCCGGAAGCUCUCAACGGCAAUACGCCGCCGUAUUAACGACGAGGGCGACUGGUCCUACGCCUCCGAAUGGUGGGGCACCGAAUCGGACGGCCGCAUCGUCCUCCGCUCCACAUCCGACAAAGGAAACGGCGUCGUCUCCGUCGCCGCUUUCCCUGCCUCCAAUCCCAGCAAGCUUCACUGGGCAGCAACAGAGAGAUGGCUAGAGCAAAGGUACGCAGAGAUAGACGAUUCCCAGUGUUACAAUGAGAAGUUCAGAGUGCUUGGAUAUGAAUGGCGCGCUCUUCGUUUUAACGACGACACUCGCCAAAGCACGGUCAAAAUCUUGGCUGCUUUCCGGCAAUCGGAGCCGGCCUCUUUUGCUCUUAUGCAGCAACCUCAUUGCCUCGCUGUUCCAUAUCUUAAGAGUAUGUUAUCAGCUGGGUUGGCUACUAUAGCUUGUUGUGAUUUCAAUGUGAAGAAAGUGGCGGCUGGGAAGGAAAAGAUGAGUAUUUUAUGCAUUGGCCAUGGAGGAGGGAGCUUGCCAUUGUUUUUGGCUAGUAAAAUUCAAGGUGCUACGGUUGACAUAGUUGAAAUCGAUCCUGUUGUAAUCUCAGCCUCGGUUCAAGCUAUGGGGUUUCCUGCUUACUCAGUUAUGAAUCCGUCAGGCAAGCGCGCUUUUUCAAAACCCGAUAUCAUGGAUGAGGUUCUGUGGAAAGGCAUCCACGAGAGGCUGUUUCUCUAUGAAUCAGAUGCUGAGGAUUUCAUUCUCAAAACCACCAAUGUGUAUGAUAUGAUCUUCAUUGAUGCUUAUGACGGGGAAGACAUAUUCCCUCGUAAGUUGUGGGACACAGAUUCACCAUUUAUGAAAACUCUCAGCAGUCGGCUUCACCCCGAUCAUGGAACGGUUGUGGUGAACCUUCAUUCAGAUUCUGAGGUUUUGAAUCCUGAUGGCUCUGUUCCGUCCAUUCUGGAGCAAGUUUUGCCAAUGGGAAAGUAUGUCUCCCAGGUUUGCCAAGCAUACAAGGAUGUGGUAGUGGGCGGUCGAGACUCUGGUUUGGGGUUUACUGUUUCCGUUCCUUGGGUCUGCAACAUGUCUAUGGUUGUUUGCAGAGGUUUUGGGAUUAAGGGUGGGUACACGAACAGGGAUGUGAUUUUGAAUACUCUCAUGUGCAAAUCAUUUGAAGUUGAAAAUGUUCUCAACUUACCCUUCUCAUGUUUGCAAUAUGUAAAGAGAGGUUUUAGUCUUCUUGAUUAAUACAAAUGCCAAGUUUAUACCCAAUUGAAAUUCUUCACUACUCUAGCA